AUGAGCAGUGACUACGAUAGCAAGUUCACAAGCAUCCCUGCACGUGAUGGUGACACUUUGGGAGAGUCAUCAACUACUGAGACUCUCCCAACUACCACGAUAACAACAACUGCUCCGACAACUGCGACUGAACGGACUACCACAACUGCUACCACUACCACAACACCACCGGACACCACUAGUACUGUGGCAUUCACAGAUACUACGCGAGUUUAA